AGCCUUUCCCACCUCAGUAUCCCGGAACAGGAAAGUCCCAAUUCAGCUUGCCCCAUAAGAUCCUGUCUCCCUCCUCCCGCUCCCCUCCCUCUGCCCCUUCCUGCCUCUGGCCCUUGCGGGAGGAACCUCUUCUGUCCUUGUGGGACGGGGCUGAGCUGCUCGGGGCAGCCGCCAAGGCGGCGGGUUAUGGGGUCUGGGCUCUGGGAAUCAUCCGCCUGGGCUCUGCCCCCAGCCCCGAGACAGCGGUCCGGUGUCCAGCGGGAAGGGCUGCCUUGAACUCUCAGGGUUGAGCUGAGAUCCUGAAGUUAGUGAUUUUUUUGUUUGUUUGUUUGUUUUGAUUUUUUUUCCCUCUGCCCUCGGUGCUUCCGAAGUGCCUGUAAUAUUUGCAGAGCGCGAGGGAGAGAGAGGGGGGAGAGAGAGACUGGGGGAGGAGGAUUAAGGAAGGGAAAAGAUGGCGAGUUGCUGGAGCAGCGUGGAGAAAGCGGCAUUUUUGUGCUGCUUCUUGCUGGCAAUGGGAAGCCUAAUCUCCUGCGCCCGCCCGGAGGUGGAGGAAGAGCAAGAAGAGCAGCGCUCCUGUCACGGUGCCUUUGAUCUCUACUUCGUCCUGGAUAAAUCUGGAAGCGUCAAAAAUCACUGGACUGAGAUUUACUCUUUUGUGGAAAGCCUAGCAGAGAAGUUCAUAAGUCCAAUGUUGCGGAUGUCUUUCAUUGUUUUUUCUUCACGAGGCACUACAAUCAUGAAACUAACAGAGAACAGGGACGCCAUAAGACGAGGGCUUGACAUUCUUCGUGGUGAAGUGCCUGGAGGAGACACGUUCAUGCAUGAAGGAUUUAAAAGGGCAAAUGAACAAAUUUACCAUGAAACCUAUGGAGGAGUUCGGACUGCUAGUGUGAUUAUUGCUCUGACGGAUGGAGAAUUGCAAGAUGCUCAGUUUUAUUAUGCAGAACAAGAAGCCAACAGAGCCAGAAGCUUUGGAGCUAUUGUUUAUUGUGUUGGAGUGAAAGAUUUCAAUGAAACUCAGCUGUCAACGAUUGCUGACAGCAUCGAUCAUGUUUUUCCAGUAAAGGGAGGCUUUUAUGCCCUAAGAGGAAUCAUUGAUUCAAUUCUCAAGAAAUCUUGCAUUGAGAUCCUAGCAGCUGAGCCAUCCAGUGUUUGUGCAGGAGAAUCCUUUCAGGUUGUGGUAAGAGGCAACGGCUUUUAUCAUGCAAGAAAUAUCGACCAGGUACUCUGCAGCUUCAAGCUCAAUGACAGCCUUACUAUCAAUGAAAAACCAACUCUUGUGGACGAUACUUACUUACUUUGUCCUGCACCAGUGAUAGAAGAUGUUGGACAGGUGGUUUUCCUACAAGUCAGCAUGAACAACGGGCUAACGUUCAUCUCCAGCUCUGUCAGCAUCACCAGCACACAUUGUCUGACUGGGACCAUCCUUUUCAUUGCUCUCCUGAUUCUCUUUCUGCUACUGGCUCUGGCUCUUCUGUGGUGGUUUUGGCCCCUUUGCUGCACAGUGGUUAUCAAGGAACCACCGCCACCACCACCCCCAGAACCUGAAUCAGAUGAUGAAGAUGGAUUGCCAAAGAAAAAGUGGCCAACCGUGGAUGCAUCUUAUUAUGGAGGUCGAGGUGUUGGUGGAAUUAAGAGGAUGGAGGUGCGAUGGGGAGACAAGGGGUCAACAGAGGAAGGAGCAAAAUUGGAGAAACCCAAAAACGCUAUUAUUAAGUUGCCAGAACAGGAGUAUGAACCAUGGGAACCCAAGCCAAAGAAGCCUCACGUGAGAAAACCACCUUCCCAGCGAAAAUGGUACACUCCAAUCAAGGGCAAACUUGAUGCACUGUGGGCUUUGGUUCGACGGGGCUAUGAUCAAGUCUCUCUUAUGAGACCACAGCCAGGGGAUAAGGGGAGAUGCAUAAACUUCACUCGGGUGAAAUCGGAUGGAACCUCUGCCCCUUACAGCCCACCACCGAAGCUGCCACGACGUGACAAUGUUCCCCUCAACAACGCUCCAAGGAAUCCUUCUUCUCCUGUGUCUCUGCAACCCCCUUCCAGGCAGCCGCCUCCUGGACCACCCCCAUCCCGAGCCCCUCCCGGACCUCCUCCUUCGCGCCCACCCCCGCAGCCUAUGGCUUAGAGUGCAGCAAAACCCUGACCGACUAAACAUGUCUCUUUGCUGAACACAGCAUAUUUAUUGAGUAUCAGUUUACAGUUAAAGAUAUCAGAAUUUGUUGCUGGUCAGCAAAAAAAGAAGAAAGAAAAAAAAAAAGAAAAAUAGCUAAGUGUCAAUUUUAGUGUAUGAAUAUAUUUAUACCACACGUGCUGAGUAAACAUUCAGAUUCAGAUAGAUUCAGAGCUAUGGGGUAUAGAAACAAAUCAAAACAAUCAUCUAGAUACAGUAGCAGCUUUUGUAUGUAUACAUUUGAAAAUCUAUUUAGAUAUGACAUUUGUCUGACUUGGUAUGUCAGAUCAUUCAUUAAUAACUUUAGCCAGUAUACGUGCAUCAGUGGUUUUGAUAGCUGCCACCUGCAGGUUGGUUAAACAUAGCUCAUUGAGGUAUUUGCUUUCUUUUCCCUAACAGUACUGCAUCCAGAUGUUAAUAUGGAUCAAUAAUUGCAAAGAUAACUUUCUGCCUCUGGUUCUGCAGGUGGAAUUUCUAUGAAAGUUACAAGAAACCUAUAUAAAUAAUGAGGUAAGAUGAGACUAUGUGCCAAUAAUCUAGCUCAGUAAUAUAGCAUAUAAGAGAGGUAUAUUUUUUUCACCUGGAAAAAUCAGUUUUGAGCCUGCCGUCUCUGCAUAUGUUAAGACUUGGUUGCAUGGGAUAACCACUGAAGGCCAGAUACAGUAUCUAAAAAUCCAAACGUUGGGCAAGACUUAAGUUCAUAUUUGUCCAAAGUUCAGAGGAAUUUUGAGAAAAGCAUUUUGGCUGGGUGUUUAGUUUUCAUUUACAGAAAAUAUAGUCCAAAAUGGAGCAAACAUACAUUCAAUUUGAGUGCAGAUGCUGUAAUAUGCAAACAGUUUGUGUUAUUUAUAUCAGUAGCACUGAGGGACUGAUUCUAUUGUUAUUUAAUUAGAUUGUUAUUUAAUUAGAUAAACUACUGCCAAGCAGAACUAGAUCCUUUCAUGAUUCAAACAUAAAUUCCUCUGUAAACAGCUCUUUUUUUAGACAGCCCAGAUCCCAAUAAUAUGUAACCUUGCAGUCUACCUGUGGUUGAGAGGCAUGAUGUCAAGUGUGAGUUGUUCUUUUAUGCUUCUUUUAUAUGUUUGGCUAGAGGAUUUCCCAAACAUUGUGCUGUUCACCCAUGACCUCAAUUCUGGGUGUCAUCAGAAAGCGAUGUGAGCACCCACACAGAGGUGGGAAUUUAUGACGCGGGACUGGUGGGUCAGCCCAUGAUUAGUGUUCUCUAAGCGAUACCUGAGUGGGUUGUGCCCAGAGCAUUCCCUAGUGAAUUAAAAAUAACACCUGAGCUUGCUUUUUCUCCACUACUACUUAUCAUAUUGGAGAGGGUAACUGCAAAUCCCUGUGCUGGUUUGCUUUGGUAUUGGCUGCGUUAUUAGGAUAGUUGUAGAAUUAAUGAUAUGUUGCAUUAUGACACAGCAUAUACCUAUUUCUCCAUCUGUGUGUGGGUGUGUAGCACAUCACAGUAGUUAUUGGCACAUAAGUCCAAGAUAAAACACUAAAUGUAUCAUGCAAUUGGUCCAGAUUUAUGACCUUUUCAUGCAGGUGCUAUAGGCAUAUAAAGUUGUACUGGUACAAACAGAAAUCAGGCUUACUCUUUCCAGUGGAAGUCCCACUUGCAGAACAUCACACCAAGCUCUUAUCAGUCUAUGCUGAUCACUGUGACAUGCCGUGUGUAUGCAGCUGAGGCUGUCAGAUGUAAACUCAGAAGAACCACAGAGCCUCUUUCUCCUCUUGCACUGCUCUGCUCUCUUGAGUUACGCUCUUACCUCAUGUAUAUUGGUGCAGGUAGUGGAAUCACAGUCGUGGGUGCGAGCUGCCCCUGGAGCUGUUCCUAAUUUAGGCCUGAGCCAGCAAAGCACUUCUGCAUGUUUUAAAAUGUCCUGCAGGUCAAGAGAAACUUCCUUAUGCUCAAGUGCUUUGCUGACCUGUGACUUCAUUGUGAUCAGAAGGGAGAAUUGGGAUGCACUCAACCCUAUCCUCAUUCUUUUUAGACACUUGAAUAGGUUUGCAUAAUUUGGUUCAUAAGAAUGGAUUUCUGUUUGUAAGAGAAAAAAGAGUGUGUGUAUGUGUGUGUGUGUGUCUGUGUUUGUGUGUGGGAACUGUGUAGGUUUUUGUUGGGUUUCUCUUCCUUCACAAAAAAUUGCUCAAGAGUGGCACUGCUAUGAAUAUAAAGGCCUUUUGCAGCCAGUGUGAUACAAAGUCAUCACUUAUCUCUGUUUCUUUCAGUUGAAAGGUGAAACUAAAACAAGUCCAAUUUUCCACUGCAGUUCUGGUGAAGCUCUGCUUUUGACACCAGUGAAAGGAACUGGAUGACUGCAGGGAGAGGGUAGGAACCUGGAUGUGGGGGAAGGUGCUUUACAAGCAGACAUCACUGACUGGCAUUAUGUUGGUUAUAUGGAAGCCUGUGUGAAAUAACCUUGCUGAGUCUAAGACUAUUUGUAAUAACGUGUAUGUACAGUUGAACCUAGCAGCUUCUCAUAGUGGUUGUGUAAGAAAAAUUGCCCAACGAAUUUAAUCAGGAAUUGAAAUAGCAGAGGACAAUAAAACUGAUUCCUGUGCCAGGACAAAACAUGGCUUUAGAGCUCUAGCUGCUUGUGGGAUGGGGGAAAACCACUGUUCUGUAGACACCAAGUUUCUUUAUCAGCAGGCAGCCAUGAGAUUGAAUCAGUGAACUGAUGGGUCAAUAGUUUAGCUAAUGAAAAAGCCUGUGAGCUGGACUUUGCAUUGC